UGACGUUUUGAAGAUAUUGACCAACCAUGUCAUCACCAGAGGUCGAGCGAUUUGAGGUCACUGAAGAUGACCUUGCCAAUGAGUUCAACCAGAGACCUGGACAUAGAAUGUCCAAAAAUAGGGCCAUAUAUGGAAUGUGGGCCGAGGACAGUGAUGAGGAAGAUAGGCCUACCAUUGGAUUUUCUAGAGGGUCUCGAGGGAAGAAAGACUACGCAGCACCUGUCAACUUUGUUAGUGGGGGAGUGAAGCAGGGAAGUAAAAUACUGAAGGAGCAGAAAGUAAAAGAGGAGGAAGACGAUGAUGAGAAUUCUGAUUCUGACGGUCCUGAACAGUCUGUACCGAUAGUCCAGGCUCCAUUAAGGUCCUCAGAGAUUCCUAUUGUACAACCCCCUUUACGGUCAUCUGGUGGAGCAUUCAAAAACAAAACAGCUCCACCUGGAGGUUCGCGAAAGUUUGCUGGCCUUAAAAAUCAGGACAAGGCAUUUGGAAGUUGGGAAAAACACACUAAAGGUAUUGGCCAAAAACUUCUUGAAAAGAUGGGAUAUAGACCAGGGGAGGGUUUGGGCAAGACUCACCAAGGUAUCACCACACCUGUAGAAGCAGUCAAGCGGAAAGGCAGGGCAGCUGUUGGAGCCUAUGGAACAGAGAGGUCAGAAAGGUCAUUGCAGGACUACCCAGUGUAUGAUUCCGAGGAGGAGGAAGAUAAGGAGUUUCAAUCUCAGCUGCAGCAGUGGAAGAAAAAACCAGAGGGCAGCAAAAAGAAACCCAAAUAUGUCUACAAAACAGCACAGGAGCUUAUUGACACUGGGUCAACAAAGAAACGCCCACAGUUAUCAAAAUCUUCCAAGGUCAAGGUCAUUGACAUGACUGGCAAGGAGCAAAGAGUUCUUUCAGGCUACCAUGCCAUUGCCCAUCGCCAUGACAAACCUGAAGCUGAGGAGGAGCCUGUACAAAACCAGACCAAUCAGAGACGAGCAUUUGACCUUCCAGAACUGACACAUAAUCUGAAUCUUCUAGUAGACAUGGCUGAAGAAGAUAUCAUGCAAAACGAUCGCAAACUACGAUACCUGAAGGAUCAUAUAGUGAACAUGAGGUAUGAGAAAGAACGACUGGAUGAAAUCUGUGGUCAGGAGGAAAGACAGAUGGAGAAACUAAGGAAAGUGCUGGAAAUUGUUGACACAUGUCAGUUGAGAACCCAACCUGGCUGUGAUAAUCCUAUGUCAUUGUCUGAGUGUGCAGCCAUCUUUAAAUCACUUCAAGAAAAUUUUUACGAAGAGUACAAAAUGUAUGACUUGUCAUCUUUAGCCAUUGCUCUUGUCUUUCCCAUGAUGAAGCAGCAUUUUACAAACUGGGAUCCAUUGAAGAAUCCGGCUCAUGGCUUAGAGACUGUUAGGGAGUGGAAGGCCCUUCUAGAGGACUACACAAAUACAUUGGCUGCAGGGCCUGUAACAGGGGGACAGGACAUGGAUGUGUAUCAGAGACUUCUGUGGGAUGUAUGGCUGCCAUUUGUCAGGACUACAGUGUUGACAUGGAAUGUAAGGAACUGUGACAAUCUGAUUGAACUCUUGGAGACAUGGAUGCCAGUGCUUCCGGGAUGGGUAAUGGAGAACAUUCUCAACCAGCUUGUGUUACCACGGUUACUACAGGAAGUGGAGAAUUGGAACCCGUUGACGGACACAAUGCCGAUUCAUGCAUGGCUGCAUCCCUGGCUGCCACUCAUGGGUGAAAAACUUGAGCCACUGUAUGCACCAAUCCGACACAAGCUUGCAAAUGCUCUCAUUAACUGGCACCCAUCUGAUUCAUCAGCAAAGGUCAUUCUGCAGCCAUGGAUGAAAGUGUUUAAGCCAGGACACACUGAGGCAUUUCUUGUCAAAAAUAUCCUCCCAAAACUGGCCAUGUGUAUGACUGAGUUUGUCAUCAAUCCACACCAGCAGGUUCUGGACCCAUGGCACUGGGUGAUAGCCUGGCGAGACCUAAUUCCACCGAAACACAUGGUAGCCAUGCUGGACAAGACCUUCUUUCCCAAGUGGUUGCAGGUGCUGUGUGGUUGGCUGGGCAACAUGCCUAAUUAUGAGGAGAUCACCAAAUGGUAUCUUGGUUGGAAGUCACUGUUCCCAGACCAGUACAUGUCUAUACCUGUUGUCAAAGAUCACUUUAACAAAGCUCUAGACAUUAUGAACCGGGCAGUCUCUGGUCACUUCCAGCCUGGAGCAAAAGAAAACAUGGCUUACUUUGCCCACACAGAGAGAAGACAUAUGGCAGACACUUUGAUUCCUCCUCCUCCCCUACCCCCUGGUCCUCCAGCACCACCUAUACCACAGGAUUAUCCAGCUGUCCGAAGCUCCACAGCUUCCUACCCUGCCAGCUUUAAAGAGCUUGUGGAGAAAAAGGCAGAGGAAAAUAACAUCCUUUUCAUGCCUGUGCCUGGUCGUACACAGGAGGCGAAGCAAGUGUACCGUUAUGGCAAGCUAAUGAUGUAUAUGGACAGAAGUGUGAUAUUUAUACAGGAAAACAAUCAAUGGAUUCCUGUAUCCCUACAGACCCUCAUAGACAAGGCUAUUUAACACAGGAUAACCGACAGAUUCAUGUCAUUCUUGCAGGACCAUGUAGACAAGGCAACACACAGGAAAACCAUCAGAGUUCAUGUUUUUUCAUACCAUUUAUGGUUGGAUUUCACUUCAACAGUCCAGCAAUUUGAUAUAUUGUUCUUUGAUUCUGGAGAUGGUGAUUAUAAAUUUAGAUAAAUAUUGUAUGUUAAAAUAAGGCACAUUGCUUACAUUUACUGUAUAUAGGGGAAGUAUUGCUACAGUUUUACUUUUGCCCUUUUACAGCAAAAAAUUAAAAAAAAAAAACAAAACAGCAGCAUAAGUUUGAAGUGCAAAUUGAAACUUAUCUUUUUGUGCUUUAGAGGUGACUUUGCACUUGGCAAAGGCAAAUGUUAUUUGAAGGGUUACAUGAUAUCCCUGUAGCAAUGUUUCUCCAUAUACAGGGUUAUAUUCCUUAUGUUGAAUAUAGAUGUUAUUGAUAUAAAAAAUCACCCUGAUGUUUACAAAAUCUUUACAAUUUCAGAUGGUUAUUUGUAUAGUUAUCUGAAUAUAUCCACCAUAUAAAUCAAAGCCUGGGAUAUAAUAUUAUACUUGUUUCUCAGAAUAUUGAGUUCUGCAAGCCAGAAUGUCACGGAUCUAAUUAUAUCUAUAGCCUAAUAAAUGCUUGUCUGACACCUGUGUUGAUAAUAAUGUGAUUGUACAUUGUAAACAAGUAUGAAAGGAUGUAUGUGUAGAUGUGUACAUGACAAAGCAAAAUAAACUUAAAGUAUGACAA